AAAAGGAUCCUAAAGAUAUGAUUAUCGAUACAUUGUCGUCUGGAGUUCGCAGAAUUCCGGAUUUUGAGGUUGCACAAAACGUUUAUCUUCUUCAGCAGGGCUUUGGGAAUGAUGAGCUUGUGUACCGAAUCCUUGAACAGAUCAAGGAACAACAGAUGGCACCCUACUAUGACUACAUAACUAAUGAAUUGAAAAUACCAGGACUCAAGUUUGACAAAGGACUAUAUGAUAAAUUGGCUCAGCAGAACACCGAGAAAAUUGCUGAGUUAAAGAAACAGCUAGAGAAGCUUGCAGAGGAUGAUGAAGGAGAAUUGGAGAUAUUGAAAGUUUGGACAGACCUUCUAGAGUAUUAUGCCGCGAUUGGCGACAAAACCAAUGCGUUGGCUACCUACCAAAAAACUUUUGAGCUGGCACCGUCCACAGGCUCGAAAAUUGAUCUGGUGUUAACCAUUGCAAGAAUCGGAUUCUUUCUCGAUGAUAAAUUGUUCACUAAGAAAUACCUUGAUGAAGCGAACAUUUUAAUUGAGAAAGGUGGAGAUUGGGAGAGGCGAAACCGGUACAAGACGUAUCUCGGAAUUUACCUGAUGUCCACUAGAAAAUUUGAGGAAGCAUCUAAACUUUUGAUUGAUUCACUGGCUACCUUCACAUCGACUGAGAUAUCAACAUAUGAGCAGGUGGCUCAAUACUCACUGAUUUGCGGUGCCAUUUCACUAGAAAGACCCGAUUUGCGUAAGAAACUGAUCGAGUCUCCAGAGAUUCUAACUAUUGGCUCUGAUUCACCUGAGCUAGUCUCAAUCUACAAUCUGAUCAAGUCGCUGUAUUACUGUGAGUAUCAAGAUUUCUUUCCAAAUUUGAUUAAGACCCAUGACGAGAUUUUGGUUAAAAACAAAUUCUUGCGUCCUCACACCAACUUCUACAUGAGAGAAAUCAGAUGUAAGGCAUAUUCUCAAUUGCUAGAGAGCUACAAAUCUUUAUCCCUCAAGUCGAUGGCCGAGAGUUUUGGGGUCUCCGAGGACUUUUUGGAUCAAGAUCUUUGCAAAUUCAUUCCGAAUAAAAAAAUCAAUUGCAUCAUAGACAAAGUGAAUGGAAUCGUCGAAACGAAUAGGCCUGACAACAAAAACAACCAAUAUCAUGCUCUCAUCAAAAAUGGAGAUUCAUUGUUGACGAAACUCCAAAAAUACGGUGCAGCGGUGCGUUUGAGUGGUGCAGAAAAGGUGUAGUAGAAUUACUGAUAACACAAUAAUAAAAAUGCGGUAUAAAUAAAACGUACACUCUAUCAUCUUGAUCUUUGAGCCAAUCUUUUUGAGCUUGGUGGUCCAUCUUCGGUGCCUAAAACUCUGUUGUCGCUAAUUUUGCCCAAAUUUUUAGGCCUCCUAGAAUUAGCCUUGGUCUGUUUCUUCGCAGGUUCCGGUUGCGACUCAGACUUUGGGCCUGAUUGAUAGUCUUCGUUACGAUCAUUUGAGUUGUGACUUCUUUCUGACGUAAAGGAGGUAUCUUCGGGUUUUUCGUAGGCCGAAAGUGGCUUUCCCUCAGACUCUUCCUUUUUUGAAACAGGCUCAUCAAACACCUUUACAUGCUCGUCGACGGCAUUUGUUUCCUCUUCUUUCACAACUAGUCUGCCCUUUGUAUCACUUGUAGCGUCCACCUCCUCCAACUUGUCAUUGAAGUGACUUUUUUCUUUGUUCACCUCCACCGAUCCGGCGCCUUCAUUAUCCAGUUUCGAUAGCUCCCUUGAAAUGGCCUUGAUCGCCUCGCGAUCCUCUAUCUCUUGUUCUUCUUUUGUCGGACUGAUAAUCUCUUGUGGAACUAUAUCUCCUGGUUGAUUGCUUGCGAGAACGAAUUCAGAGUCCGGUUCGGUAUCUGGGUUGUUGCCACGGCCCAGGGCCUUUCCGAUCUCUGAACCAGUCAAAUGCUUGAUCUGAUGGGUUCCAACGUUCGGUUGUGUAGGAAUCAUGAACAUGACGCCCAAGACGAUCAGACAGGCUAGAGUAAGGAGUAAAACCUUAGUUUUUGAGUGACUAAAGAGUGAACUCAUCUUUGAAACGAAACUUGAGAUUACCCCGG